AUGGGGAAAGGACAAAGAAUUUCAUUUUUUGAUCCUUCUCCCCAGACCUCAUGCUAAUUCCAUAUUUAUUCCAAUCUAUCUUAAAGGUAUCUAUACUACGCCCCUAUUGAUCGCCCCCAAGAGUGGCUGACUAAUCUUUACAUCCUGUAUAUGCCAGGUGAGAGCCGCCCACAUUUUUUGGUCCUCCGAGGAAAUUGGACUCAGCGUGCUGCAAGAGUCAUCGCAUUUCCGUAUCUUCGUCGAGGCUUCUCCGUCGCUUGCCCUCCAGCCAAUGAAGAAAGCGUCUAGUAUCUCAAUUCUCACAUCGUGGAACCCUGCUACAACUGCCAAUGCAUUCAACAAGAAGUUGCCAUCCGCAAAUGUGCCAUCCGCUGCCAAUUCUGUGUCAUUUGUGGGCCCCAGCAUCUCAGGGCAAAGCAACUUCCGGCAACACCACGUGGAGUUUUUGGAGAGUUCGGUCAGUCCACAUGACUGCUGCGCUUGCAGCCUAGACACUUUGGAGAGCACAGUCAAGCCAAAUGACUGCUGCCUUUCCAUCCAAGACGCUUUGGAGAUAGCAAUUACGCAAUCUGACUGCCUCUAUUACAUCAGUAAUGCUCUAGAGCGGGCAGUUCUGCACAAUGGCUGUCGCUAUCCUAUCUGCAAACUUCGGAAGAGCUCCGUCAAGCCAAAUGACUGCAGUUUUUCCAUUCACAAUGAGUCAGGCAGUGCUGCCACGCAAUUAGACUCUCUCAAGUAUAGCCAAGACAUUUUGGAAAGUGCAGUCCCUUACAACGACUGCCACGAUUCCCUUUAUGAUGCUUCAGAGAGUGCAGCCGCAUGUGUUGACUGCCACAAGCCAAUACUCAAUGCCAUGGAGAGAGUAGUCUUGCUUACUGACUGCCGCAAGUCCAAUAAUGACGCUCUAAUGCGUCCGCAACAUGCCUACCUGAUGAUGAAAACCCUGUCUGACAUUGCCAUUAUUACGUCUUUGAAGAUCUUGGCAACUUAUGAUACAACGAAGGAGCUAGUUCACUGUCUGGUGAACUUGUGGAUACCCGAACCAGCUGCACAUGUGUCCACAUGGAAUACCAACAGAAGCCUUCCCAGUCAAUGGUGUAAACCUUCAGAUGCUUUUCUCAAUGAUGCCAGGAAUUCGUCAGGACAGCAACAUUCAUCGUCAUCCCGGGGGAACUCUUCAUCAGAGUUCCCCACAGCUAGAAUCGGAUUGACUUCUUUCAUCGAUGCUCCUACGGACGCUUUCAAGUGCUUCACAUUGGGCUCGCACUCACUAUAUCAGUGCCCCAAUCUGACAGCGCAGCUUUUAGAUGAGAGAUUCAACUCGAUGCUACUCAACAAUGCGACACAGGAGAAUCACGAUUCAUCGAUGUCGCAUACUUUCUUACCAUACCAUAGCACACUCCUUCAAGUGUAUGUACUUGAAUGCUUGGCAAAUGGGUCUCUUGAUGACGCCUUUGAGAGUUCGUUCAAUUGCUGCAUCUUGGGCUCGCACUUCCCUUAUCAGUGCCCCAAAUCCUAUGCACGAAUCGGCGGAAAGAGACACCACUUCAUUCGAUACUUCCAUUUUGGAAUAAACUGCCGGAUAGUUGAGUACUACAUCAACACUUGCCAGUACUGUCGUUGUCUUCAAUGCAGAGAACCAUAUAAUGUUCUACUUCAUGAACAUUAUGCUGCAAUUGCCUUUUAUGUGGCUACUUCAGUCACACCGCUUUCUCUUGUAGUUCUCCUGCUUGACAAUCAGACGCCUGCUGCUUUACAUCUUUCUGGCAAGGUUCAAUCGGCAUGCAAUUCUUCAUCCAAUGGUCUGUGGAAGUCAUCUGAUGGAUCUUCAGCAAAUGCUUCAGCAGCAACAUCGUGUCGCACCCUCUUAACAACAAAUACAGUCCAUUUUGCAACAGCUAUCGUGGUUAAAUUCAAUUAUCCAACUGACAUGGUGACAGGAACACCUUACAUCCCACUUUGUCUGCACACUGUGCUCGCACUCGCCAUACCAGUGCCUCAAUGUGCCAACAUAAUCACCGAGAGAAUUCCUAUCAAUGCCAAGGAUGAACUUUAUGAUAGGAAAUUGCUCAUCAAUCACACUUCUCGGGAUGGGAACCAUUUUGUGUUCAACAGUCACCAGCAGCAGCUUCUGUGUAGGGAGUCCCAUGACCACUGCAGCCCUUUUGACUUCCCUAUGGCAUCCUCAACUGUGCUAUUCUAUUUGCACAAAUCGCUAUUGCUCAUUCACCACUUUCCGGACAAUCUGAAGUUUGAAGUUUAUCCAAUAGAUUCUCAAUCACCGCUUCCCAUGGUACUCGCUUAUCUCCUGCCUUAUCAAUGGAAACCCAACUCAAGGAAGCCAGUGGAGAAUUGUUGGAUUAGUUGCGCAUAUUUUGGAAAAUGUAUUUUUCCUCACCUAACCGCCAAGUUGACCGUUGGCAACGGAAAGUUCAGUGAAACAAAAUCUCAAUCAGCUUCUCCAUCUCGGCAUUCAUCAUGCUGCAAAUACGAUGACAACAUUGCCGUAGAGAAACUGGAACCAACAACAGCUUUAUGCAUCCAUUUAGUGGAAAUUCCGGUCACAGCAAAUUUCCUUUGGGAAAUCCGGAGCUCGAACAAAAUGAAAUUCCCACUCACUUUUGACCAAUCUCCGCUAGAUGGCAUGAAUGUGUGCAGCAUAAAUGUUGACAUUUAUUUGUUUACUUUUGCACACAUUUGUCAAGCAGCAUUUUUCCUUAUUUGUGAUAUCGUUGAAGGGAAAACCACGUCACUUUUCACAAGGAUUUUCAUCCCGUGGACCUUCAUCACAACCUACAGUGUGUAUUUCAUCAUGCAAUUCAUCUGUGAAGUUAAUGAUGUGAGUGCGCCGCCACGUUCAAGAAAUUAUUUCACCUUCAAGGGUAACCUUAAAAUGGUGACACGCACUUUUCUCUCAAUGUGGAAGAUUCCUGCAAGAAAAUACGAAUUCAGUCAUCGUCUCCUCAGCUCACUCGCUGCAGUAGUGUUGCUCAAUCAAUGCAUUUUGCCCUGGAGACUAUACAUGACUUCUUUGGAAGGAACUUCAUCCAAGAACAUUGCUUAUGGCAAUCCCGGAGUCACUCUCAUGAAUCUUCAGACUGAUGAAAUUCUCACCCUUAUCCGACAACCCAGCGCAACAAUGGAUUUUUAUCUCAAUGGAAUUCUUCACGAGUGCAAUACCUCAUUAACAUUAGAUCUCAACACCUUGGUUUCUACGCACGCAGCAUUCUCUUCAAGUGCUUUAGAAACCCAUUUCUGCAAACAUCUUCCGUGUUGUGAUGAUCGUCAGUGGAUGGUGAAGGUCACAAGUCACCUUUCUUCAAUUUUGGCAUGCUACCAGACAAGAACGUACUACAGAAGUUUCAUUUCUUGCCCGAUUGUGGAUACAGCAUUCCGGAACUUCUUGCUGAAGUUGAACAACCUACAUUCUUUACCUACAAGAUGCCCUGACUUCUCAGCAUACGUUCAAACAAUCAUCCCAAUUAGAUGCAAUCAUUCUCUCUUUCAAACAUCAUCGACUUUGGUUGGGAUGAAUGAAGCAUUGACUCAAUGCUUCCAAGCGCAUCUGAAGCAUCGUAGAUUGAGUACUUCGGGAGGAUUUCGAUUCUCAUUCCUCGUCCUUAACAACGUUCUCAACAACAUUGAAGGAUACUUUCACCGCAAUACUCUUCCAUCCACCUUAUGCAACUCGUUUGUGAGAAACAGCAGCUCGAGGAGAGUUGCAUUCCAAGGAUUCCGGAAGCGCAUCGAACUCCAGCACAUUCAACAUUUCCCAUUCAUCACCAACGAAGCCACUGUAUCAUCUGAGGAUAAUGCAAUCCUCAAUGUUCCAGCCCGAGGGAAUAUGUCUGGGGAUUUUCCUAAAGUCAACUUAACAUUACUGUGCUACCUUAAGUUAUAUUUUCCGGAUUUCUGGAUUUGCGUCGAGUAGUUUCACCAGCUGCCGCAGGUGGAGCUACCCGCGCUUCUCUUGUCAAUUUUCUCUCUCUUUUCUGUAAAAUGCCCUCUGCGAGGCACAUGUGAAAUAUAUUCGCUCCGCGCUAAAUGAAGUUAUAAUUCUCG